ACAUGACAGAAAGAAAAGUGUUAGUGCUUGAUAAUGGUGCUAGCACUAUCAAAGCUGGAUAUGCAAUCCUUUCACAACAGCCAAAAAUUAUUCCUAACUGUAAAGUAACACGCGGCAAGGGUGAUAAAAAAACUUAUAUAGGUGAUCAAUUCAGUUCUUGCACUGAUUUUUCCGGGUUAUAUUAUAGACUACCUUUUGAAAAAGGGUUUCUUACGAAUUGGGAGGUUGAAAAAGGAAUUUGGGAUAGAAUAUUUUCAAAGGAUGUACUUGAUUGCGACCCACAAAAAACAAGCCUUCUUAUUACGGAACCAUGUUUUAAUUUGCCAAAUAUUCAAAGAACUUAUGAUGAAAUGAUUUUUGAAGUAUAUGAAUUUCAAUCAUAUUGUCGAACAAUCGCUCCAUGGUUAUGCAUCCAAAAUGAUACCUCAAGUCUUUAUCCCAAUAGGCCACAAAACCUUGCCGAACCUCCGGAUUGUGUUUUAGUAGUUGAUUCUGGAUAUUCUUUUACUCAUAUUGUCCCUUUUGUCAUGGGUCGGCCAAUCCUUCCUGCUAUUCGAAGGAUCAAUAUUGGUGGAAAAUUAUUAACUAAUCAUCUUAAAGAAAUUGUGUCAUUUCGAUAUUGGGAUAUGAUGGAUCAAACUUAUGUAAUGAAUGAGGUCAAAGAAACAUGCUGUUACGUUUCCCAUGAUUUUUUGGCAGAUCUCGAAACAUGUAGAAAAAAUACAAGAGAUAAUCCGAUUCUUCAAGAAUAUGUGCUUCCAGAUUUUUCAAGGAAUACCAAGGGAUACAUUAGGGAAAAAAAACGUGGUGCGGAAAUAUAUGAUCAAUCAGACGAACAAGUUUUAUACAUGAAUAAUGAACGUUUCACUGUACCUGAAAUAUUAUUUAACCCAUCUGAUAUCGGUAUGAAUCAAGCGGGAAUUCCUGAAGUGAUAGUGGAGGCAAUUAAUGCCACUCAUCCUGGUAUCAUUUGUUUUAUUUUUGAUUGUUUUGAUUUCAUCGGUAAUUUGGGUCUUAUAUUCAUCAAUUUGAGUUUAGAAAUGUUUCCUUUUCCUGUAAAUGAUGUAGAUUUGCAUGGAUUAUUUUACGGAAAUAUCGUAUUAGUAGGUGGAAAUAGCUUAUUUUCUGGAUAUAAAGAACGAGUUGAGAAGGAUUUACGCGUCCUUGCCCCAUCGGAAUUUGAGGUUAAAGUUGGAAUGCCAGAAGACCCUAUCACGUAUGCAUGGCAUGGCGGCAGAAAAUUCGCUUCCACGCCUGAAUUUAAUGAAAGAUUAGUUACACGUUCUGAAUACAUGGAAUAUGGAAGUAAUAUUUGUCUUAGAAAAUUUGGAUUGGGUGGUGACGAAAUUGAUGAGAUGUCCGAAUAA